AUGGUCGGAUUUCUCAACGUUUUUGCCGCCGCGUCAAUUGCCUCGAGUGCUGUUCUCGCGCAUGCACCCAUCAACCCGUCUCACACUGCACUUCUAAAGCGUCGCGCCGAGAAUCUCAGUCUGCAACGCCGGAUAAGUGGGAAAUGCGGCCCUCAACUAUCUCGUCGCCGGGCGGCACGCCUUUCUCGGCGGGCCGCCAGAGCAGGCUUAACGUUGGACGAACUUCACGAACGUACUAGUCUGAUCUCGCGCCAGGCGACUGACAACUCGACCGAAGGUACAUGUAUUUUGACUCCCGAAGUUACUCAAGGACCAUAUCACAUUCUCGGCGAGAUGGUCAGACAGAAUAUAUCCGAGGGACAGGCCGGAGUACCCCUCACUGUCGAGGUCGAUUUCAUUGACGUCGAGACCUGUGAAGCUGUUCCCAACCUCUGGGUCGACGCAUGGCACUGUAAUUCGACCGGCUACUACUCUGGUUAUGUUUCCAUGACUGGUGCGGCCCUCAGCGGGGGAGGCGGAUUCGGUGGAGCGGGUGGAAAUAACACCAACGGGACCGCUCCUCCCGACAUGUCCAUGUCUAAUUCGCUCCCGACAACAACAACAGCUGAAUCAGCUACAUCCACUCAAGAUGCAUACUCGGGAGCAGACAGCACGGCCGCGGCGUCAAUGCUGAACAAUGUACCGACCGACCAAGAAUCAUUUUUGAGAGGAACAUGGCAGGCGGACUCGGAUGGCCAUUGGACUAUGCAUUCGAUUUUCCCGGGGUGGUAUUCCGGACGAUCCAUUCACUUCCACGUCAAAGUUUAUGAAAAUGGAUCCGUGGCCGAGAAUGGCACUUUUAUUGCGGGUCGAGCGAUGCACACUGGGCAAUUCUUUUUCAAUGAAUCAAUCGUGCAAGAAAUCGCUCAAUUGGCGCCGUACAAUACUAACAACGUCUCACGACUGACCAACGACGAUGAUCAAUGGUUUGCAUACGAAAAUGCGGAAGGAUACGAUGCUGUCAUGGAUGUCGUGUACGGUGGACAGGAUGUUAGCGAAGGAUUAAUUGGGUCUAUUAUCGUUGGCCUGAAUACGUCGUACACCAGCGUUGAGCUUUCGACUCAGUGGUGGGCUGGCGAGGACUCCAAGUCUGUUUCAGCUGUGACUACCACCGAUUCCACCCUAACUACCACAGCUGCGACCGUUUCCAGCACCUCUACCGAUAUAUCUGUUGGAGUAACGGCUGGAGAUAAGGAUUGCGACUCGGAAUAG